AUGAUUUCAUCACGAAGCAGAGGACGAAGAAUUGGAGCAGGAGUCUCGGGCUGGAUAUUACAACACAGCUGGGUUUGCAUUUUUGAAAGAGCAGGUUUUCUUUUUGGCGACCUCAGCAAAGAACCAGAAGAAGACGAGGCGUCGGAGACCGGCGCUGUUGUUGAUCGCUCGGUAAACGAGCACGAAUCAGAUAAUGAACACGAGCGUACCAUCCCUCUGUCUGAAAUGUCUUUGUAUAUUCGAUGUACAAUCUGCACCGGCUACUUCAUUGAUGCUACAACCAUCACCGAAUGUUUACAUACAUUUUGUAAAAGCUGCAUUGUGAAGCACUUCUUCUAUAGCAACAGAUGCCCAAAAUGCAAUGUUGUCGUCCAUCAGACUCAGCCUCUAUACAACAUCAGGUUGGAUCGACAGUUGCAAGAUUUAGUGUAUAAGCUGGUCCCACAUCUGGAACAAAAUGAAAAAAGGCAGCUACAUGAGUUCUACAAAGAAAGAGGGCUUGAAGUUCCAAAACCAGUAGCUCCUCAGCCCGCCGCAGCUGUGAAAGCCAUUAAGCAGAAGAAGGGUCUACUUGCGCAGUCUGUGUUCACAAUCCCCCCUGAACUGGACGUUUCCCUGGUCCUCGAGUUUGUUGGUGCUGAAGAAGGUAUUGCCACCUACAAGCCCUUGGAGACGAAGUAUGUGCGAGUCUCUGGAGAAGCAACGAUCCGGCAUGUGGAAAUGUUCAUCAGAAGGAAAAUGGAGCUGACUCCAGGCUGCACUAGUGUAGCUACACUGUGGCAGGUGGAUCUUGUCUGUGGUGACCAUCUUCUUGAGAGGUACCAGUCAUUGAGAGAAGUUCAAAGUACCAUUGGAGAGAGUGCUAUCCAGGAUGGUCUCCUUGUUCUCCACUUUGGGCUUGUUCUGCCUCCUGGAUAUAAAGUGUAAAAUUGACUGUCUGCGACUGGAUGUUGCAUCUUUAUAAAACAUCUACGUGGUACCGCACAGUUUUAGAUGAUGGGAACACCAUUUUAUGGAUCGAUGGAAAGACUUGACGACCAAUGCAAGCACAAACACGUUUUGUAUAAGAAAACUGAAAAAAAGAUGAGUGAAUUCAUCUACUCAACCCCUUCGGUUUCAUUCUAGUUUGGGGAUUUUGUGGUCUGACAAACCUUGAUAUGCAACAUCAGUAGGUUUAAUAAACUUAAUUUUUUUUUUUUUUUUUUUUGCCCUGUGGGCAGAUAUUGACCUGAUCAACAAACAAACUGACCUCAGUGAGGUGUCCGCCCUCCAUUCUGUGGCUCUGGAUCCCAGCCGGGGUAGGAUGUGAAAUGCAUGAAUUUCUGAAUCGAGGUUCAGUUGUUCAUUAGCACUGUAUGCCGAGACACAAACCAGCUGCUGCGCAAACCAGUUAACAGCCUGAUCACAACAGUUAUGGCUUAUGUGUGAUUCAAAAUGUUUAAUCAUAAACUGCACUUGUUGUGAUCAGGUUCUUGAUUCAAAAUCCUUGAGUUACGAAAUUGUGGAUUGCACUGAAGGUUCUUCUGCUUUCAUUUUUAUAAUUUUUGUAUUACUGUUUAAUAAAUAUUUUUAAAUAACAUCA